AUGCCCCCAAAGGCCAGUGCAAGUCGCAAGCACACAAAGAUCAUGAAAAAGCGUCCGUCGCGCAAGAAUGCAAAGGCAAUUAAAAAACCAGGGAAGAAUUCGGGUUUAAACCCGUCUUUGAAUUCAGAUGCAAGCCAGAUCGGCAUCCGUGUCGAACAGCCUCAACCUCCGGCAUCCUACCAGCCACUAAUCUCGUUAAUCGACUCCGAAGGCAUGGACGAGGACAAGGACGAGGAUGAGAUGGAGGAGGAAGACGAUAUGGAGGAAGCCGAUGAACAUCUCGCACAGCCAGGCCCAUUGCAGGGCUACCACCAGCCUUUCAGGCAGCUGGGUCCACCGCCAGACUCCUGGCAGCUCCAACGGCAACAUCUUGGGCAGCCAGGCCCGUCGCACAACUACCCCCCACCGUUGAUGCAGCCACGUCCACUGCCGGACUCCCGGCAGCUCCAACGGCAGCAUCUUGGGCAACCAGGCCCGUUACACGACUACCCCCCACCGUUGAUGCAGCCACGUCCACUGCCGGACUCCCGGCAGCUUCAACAGCAGCAUCUUGGGCAACCAGGCCCGUCGCACGACUACCACUCACCGUUGAUACAGCCAGGUCCACCGCCAGACUCCUGGCAGCUUCAACGACAACAACUUGAGCAACCAGGCCCGUCGCAUGACUACCACCCACCGUUGAUGCAGCCAGGUCCACCGCCGGACUCCCGGCAGCUCCAGCAGCAACCAGCCCCUUACGCCCACACUUAUGGGCUCCCGCAGAUUCCAUUCACACCCCCGGAGCUCGUAUCUCGUGAGGCACAUCACUUUGAUGUGCCCACACCGACGACCUUCAGGAAUAUUGGACGGAUGCACGAUAGGCAGAGGGAGGAAGAACGGACACGUUAUCUGGGACACUUACCCAUCGACUUGCCUGGAAUUCAGAAGGUAUUUGUAUACGAUCCUUGCCGCCCACCCGAAGGCCACCGGGGACAAAUGUUCCCAACUGGGGUUAUCAGAGCAACAGGAGACAUCACUGUCACUGCACCGCUCCCGUCUCGGCGAGAGUUGCCUCCGGUAUCUAGUACUCCUCCCUCUCCCAUCACUACUGUAGCUGGUCCCGGGCCUGUGGCCAACAGUCCACGCUCCCAUCCUUAUGCUCCCCAAUGUUCGACUAAUGAGAAAUUCAAGACCAUGAUGGAAGCCGCAAAGUCCAAUAUGCGCUGCAAAGUGUUAUUAGAGAACGCUAUGCCCGAAACAGGCGCCAACGCGACGAUGGCGGAGGCGGCGCUGUCUACAGCUCGCUGGGACUUCAUGCCUGACGCGGAGGUCCCCAACUACGAAACAUGCCUUAAGACCCUCCGAACCCUCACAACGACCAUACGAAUGGCAUUCAAGACGAGGGCGCGCCACGAAGUCCCAGUCCAUUAUGAUCUUAACCGUCCAUUGGACGCAAACAUGGAGAUCACACACAGGAAACAACGCGUUCCAACACUCAUUGAGAAUCACGCGUACUUGUUUUUGCACGAAACAAACGAUCCUGACUUGCUAUCCCCGGUCAACCAUCCUGGCGUACACGCCGUCAUCGUCGCAGCUGUGUGGGAAACCGGUUUCCACACAGAGCUGGACAUAGACGAUGUGGACGCUCUCGAUAAUGUGAUUUCCCUCGGCGGUGCCGCAACACACUCAGUCCUCAUGGAGCAUCUCAGCGGGAGACGUCAGACGGUGGAGUUUUCAGUGUCUUCGUCAUCUGGAGCAGAGUAUCGUUUCAUUCAGCAACACAAUCUCGCCAUUCGUGAAGUCCCUGCAGUAUAUGACGCUUCCAUUUCUUCAAAGAAAGAUUUAGUUGAACGAGGUAUAUCUACUAUCAGUGCUAUGAAUGGCCCCUAUGAUAAUGAACUGGCUCGUUUCAUCCUUAACCUAAUUAGGAUGCAGUUCUGGAGCACUGCUGCGCUCAUACAGGUUUGGAGCUAUUCAUAUCCUGCACUGCAAUGGUUUGUUUUCACCAAAUCGCCAGCCUCAUACCGUCGCUUCAUGGUUUUCUUCUGGGAUCACUUCAUGCUUUCAUUCUGGAAUUACUUCACGGUUUUUAUUGUCACUUCGCCAGCUUCAGAACAGGGCAGCCUGGUAUCACCAGAAACUCUGGAUGCCAACUCGCAUGCUGAGUCACCUACAAUCAAUUUCGACUCAGACAAUGCAACCGGAGCAAGAUACAACACUCCCGGGGCUAGGUUCUGGCCACAGCAACCACCAUCUCCAGUGGCCUCAGGCUAUUCCUCUCAAAUAUUAACUUGCCGCAGGAACUGGGAGCGUGUCACGUAUUUGGGCCCUGGCUCUGUAGUGGGUAGCCCGACCAUGAACAUCCGAUCUCCGCAUGCUUCUGGCACCACAUUCCGUUGA